AUGAGCGAGGACCCAUUCGACGAGGUCAAGGCGGACGUCGCCGCCAGCUUAAACUCGGUGGAGGCUGGGCUGCAGAGGUGGCGCGGGCAGAGGGACGCGUCGACGUCCAAGCGGCUGCUCUCGGAGCUCGAGACCAUCGACGAGGACCUCUCAGACAUGGAGGCGGCCAUCGCGGCGGCAGCGGCGGACCCGGAGCGCUUCCAGAUCUCCGAGGCGACGCUCGCCGCGCGGCGUGCGUUCGUUCGCUCCACCUCGAGCUCCGUCGCGGCGGCGCGCCAGGAGCUCGCGCGUGGGCGGGGCGGCGGCGCGGGUGCGAGCGGCAGCAAGCGCGUCGCCGGCGAGGAGCGGGUGGGGCAGCUCGGCGAGGCGGUCGGCCGGCUGAAGCAGCUGGGCGGCGCGAUGGGGCAGGAGCUGGCGAGCCAGAACGCGAUGCUGUCCGACCUCGAGGCGGGCCUCGACGAGACGGCCUCAGGCAUGGACGCGCUCAAGGGCAAGAUGAGAGCCCUGCUGCCAAAGCACGAGCCGAAGCAAAAGAUGGCCAUCUGCUUCCUCUCCGUCCUCCUCAUCAUCCUCGUGAUCCUAGUCCUCAGCUAG